CGACUCAUGUACCUGGAAGAUCAGAAGACUUAAUUCAAGCUGCCCCUUGCGGCACAUGAGCGGCUUCUUGCGAAUCGAGAAAAUUGUCAAAUUGCAAGUAUUACGCUACCCACUUACGCAUCCUGCUGGCAAGGCUAUAAAAUGUUUUGCCAACCAUGAUCAUAUCGUCUAACCCCACCCUGGCUGUCAAAGCUCGACAUGUUGUGGGUUGCAUUGCUCAUCCUUUCAGACCUCGCCCGGGCAGCUAUUCCUAAUGCCAUGCUUCGUGGCAUGCAGUCUAUCCCCAAGGUCUCAGUGCCUGAACGUUCUGUCAUUUCACCAAACGGCACAGCACUCCCCAACAUUACGACCGUUUAUCACUUCGAACAACUUAUCGACCACGAUAAUCCAGACCUCGGAACCUUCAAGCAGCGAUACUGGAUGAACUGGGAAUUUUAUGAGCCUGGUGGUCCCAUUAUAUUGAUGACGCCUGGAGAAGUGGACGCAGAUGGAUACGAAAGCUACACUACCAACGACACCAUCAAUGGUCUCAUCGCCCAACAACAAAACGGUGCAGCCAUCCUCAUAGAACACCGUUUCUUUGGUUAUUCCAAUCCAUACGACAACCUCACAUCAGAAUCCCUAGCUCUCCUCACGAUCCAGCAGGCUAUCGAUGAUCUCGUAUAUUUCGCCACCACAGCUGACCUUCCCAUGCCUGGAGGUGAUGCUGUGAAACCAGGUCAGGCGCCAUGGAUAUUGAUUGGGGGAAGCUACUCGGGGGCCCUCACGAGUUGGACGAUGGUUGACAAACCGGGAAUUUUCUGGGCUGGAUACGCAUCUUCUGCCGUCGUAGAAGCCAUCACCGACUUUUAUGGUUAUUUCACACCUAUUCGCGACUACAUGCCACAGAAUUGUUCAUCUGAUGUACAAGCCGUGAUUGCAUACUUGGAUAGGAUGUUUACGGCUAACGACACCGCUGGAAUCCAGACGCUCAAGGAAACAUUUGGACUCGCAGAUGUUGUACACGUAGAUGAUUUCGCCAGUGCACUUCAAUACAACCUGUUCGAUUGGCAAUCUCUACAGCCCGAUUCCGGCCCAGGAGCGAUGUUUUUUCAGUUCUGUGACGCACUCGAGGUCAAAAACGGUAUCAGUGCAGGGCCUGAAGGAUGGGGGCUCGAAAACGCCAUCUACUCUUGGGGAAACUUCUGGAAUACCACAUACUACAACUCUGUCUGUGGAUCCGAGGACGCCGAAACCUGUAUCGGGACAUAUAACACGAGCCAGUCCUACUGGAGUGAUGUCACCGUGAAUAAUCCAAACAGGUCGUGGUUCUGGAUGGUAUGCAACCAAGUCGGAUGGUACCAGGUUGGCCCUCCUGAAGGCCAACCCGCGAUUGUGAGCCGCAUCCACCAACCCAUCUACGACGAGCGCGAAUGCGUGAACAUGUUUCCUCAGGCGUUCUCCUCUCCGCCUCAGCCGACCACUGCACAGACCGACGUGAUGUAUGCCGGUUGGAACGUGAAUGUUCCACGGCUCUUCUUCGCCAAUGGUCUGCGCGACCCUUGGCGUGAAGCGACCGUCUCUGCUGAUGGGUUGAAUAAGCCUAAGGAUCCCAGCAUGCCCAUCUAUGAGGGCGAUGGAUUCCAUUGCUCGGAUAUGAUCAGGGGGAAUGCUAUUGUAGACCCGACCAUUGCAACUGUGCAGGAAGCUGCAUUGAUGUACAUGCACGAUUGGCUUGCUGAGUGGAAGCCUAAUGCUUAAUAACUCGUAUAGAUAGACGACCAGAACGGUUAAUAAUAACUUAUGCUGUUUUAUGUUUCAGACUGAAUUCUGGUGUGUUCCGAGCCACACCAGGAAUUCGCACCCGCCACAUUCAGUCAUGUAUGCGGCCAGUGCUCCCAGAGUCCGUCCGUAGAC